AUAAUCCCCCUCCAAUGCUAUUUUCCUGUUGAAAAAAGGGUGGAAAUGGCGGGAAUCCUUCCAUCCUCUCCAACCUUAACCGUCACUCAGUCUCAAUUAAUCUCGCAGAGGCAGAGCGCUCACAGAUCUCGAAUCCAAUGCAGCUCGUCAUCCAGCGGAUCGGAGAACGGGAGCAAAGGCAACUCUGAUACUGGCGAAGACAGGGCCAGGAAUGGCGAAACGAAAACCCCUAAGAUUCUGAAAUUGGCGGUGAGUGGAGUCACCGAGUUUCUCAGACUCUUCUCCUCCCCCGGCGAUGACCGAUUGGGGGAAGUGGGUAGCAGCGGUAGCGGAGGAACAGAUGAGGCCGUUUCGAUUUUCAACGCUGAUGAUGUCGUGAGAACACUCAAGAUUGAUUAUGAGAAUGCUUAUUUCGUGACAGGGAUUUUCACUUCUGCGCUCUACGUUGAAGAUUGUCUGUUUGAAGAUCCAACUAUUAGAUUCAGAGGUACUGAAUUAUAUGCACGCAACUUGAAGUUACUGGUUCCUUUCUUCGACCAUCCAUCCAUUGAGCUACAAAGCAUUGAGAAGGAUGUGGAUUCCGGGACAAAUUCCGUGCUGGCGACUUGGAAAUUGAGGACUUACCUAAGAUUUCCAUGGAGGCCGCUCAUUUCGAUUGUUGGAGCCACAGUCUAUGAACUGAAUGAAGACUUCAAAAUUGUUAGGCAUACAGAGAGCUGGAAUGUCUCUGCACUUGAAGCAGUUGGGCAGAUAUUCACUCCUAGCUUUGACAGAAGACCCGGUGAACAAUAACAUGGAUCUCAUUAUCCUACUGAUAACUGGAAGAAUGGCUAACAAAUAUCUGAAGAUCCCUUCCUCAGCAAAAGUUUGGCUGUAGUUUUGGCCUAACUAAUGACUCAAACAGAGCGAUGUCCAGAACAUGGAAUCCUUAAUUGCAUUUAAUCUGUCUAAAUGGUGACUAUUAUUCUUCUUUCGCACUGGGUCCUGCAAACCCAAAGUCAAGUCAAUGUUUGAUUGCACAUUUUAAAUUACACGCAUCCCAGGCCUUGAAUCAAGUCAUUAGCUCACAGGUCUCCACAACAUAUUGCUAUUUUGCAUCCCUUUCAUCAAAACAUCUUCCUAACUUUCACUUCCCAGGAGAUGGAGAGUUUAACCUCCCUAAAGAGAACUGGGUCUUCCAAUUUAAUUUUUGGGAAGUGCUUAGAUAUAAAAUAUGGUGGGUUUUUAAUCUCUUUCGAUUUUGUUCUAAAGCUUCUAAUUUGUUCAUGUUUUUUUUUCCUUUCUAGAGAACAAAUUCCUACUCGUUUAAGAGAAUGGAGAUGUGCAUCAGGUCCAGUGAAGGAACAGCAGUCUCCAAUGCUUCUUCUUCACAACCAGAAGUAUCAUCGGCAAAACUCAAAUCUCUCGUCAGCACUUUGCUAGAUUCCGCAGACCAGCAACCUUUGGAGGUAUUCCCGAGGUUUAAAGGUCCAGACGUCCACAAAAGCUUUGCGGAUUGCCUCUACAGUUGUCUAGUUCGUUCCAAAAUCCGCACUUUCAGGAAUGCGGAAGAACUCCAUGACCAUAAGGGUAAGAAGAUUGCCCUUCUCUCAUCCAGACCACCAGUGAAUCAAAUGUAUAUAUCCCAAUCUUCACAAAGGGCUGUGCUUCAAGCAAAUGGUUCUUUAGGAACUAGCUAAGAUGGUUGAGUGCUGCAAUAAGAAAGGGCAGGGGCACAUCAUAUUGCCCAUUUUCUAUUUAAUGGAUCCCAAAGAUGCAAGGCAUCAAGCAUGUCCUUACAAGGAAGCAUUUGAACAUCACAAUCAGAAACAUGACACAGAGACUGUACAAGAAUGGAGGCAAGCUCUCCAAGAGGUCGUGCAAAUGAAAGGGUGGCAUGCGACUGUAUCAGAUGGACAGGGAGCUGUCUGAGACCAGGUGUUUUCAGAAGGUGAGUUGCAUUUGCGGAAUAGCUACACUUAAGUGACCGAUGAGUUGGUAGGAAUUGAUUUUCAUGUGCAAGAGGUUAUUGACUUGCUCAAUCUAGACUCAGGAGAUGAGAAAAUUAUUGGGAUUCAUGGUAUGAGUGGCAUUGGCAAAACCGCUAUAGCCAAAGCCGUGUACAAAAUUCAAUCGGUGUUGCUUUUUAGAGAGUGUCUGAAACAUUGUCAAAGAAUGACGGGCAUAAUAGCUUUGCAAAAUAAGGUAAUCUCUAGCAUCUUAAGGGAUGAUUCCCUGGUUAAAGAUGCUUAUCAAGGAGUCAAAAUAAUACAGGAUAGAGUUUGUAAGUAUAAAGUUCUUAUUCUUCUUGAUGAGUAGAUAGUAGAUUUGAGUUUAACCAGAUUUUUCGGAAGAUUGGGCCAUUUUUCUACAAUGAGUAGAUUUCUUGUCACGACAAGAGACGAGAGUCCUAGAGAUCCUUCAAGAAUUUAAGCUCUAUAUUCCUAGAGAAAUGAGUUUUGAUCAUUCUCUUUAGCUUUUUAGUAGACAUGCAUUUGGAAUGCAUUAUCCUCUGAAAGAUCAUACAACUCUAUGUGAAGAAUUUGUAAAAGUUGCUACAAGUCUCCCUUUGGCUCUUAAGGUCAUAGAUGCAUGAUCUUCUUAGAGACCUCGACAGAGCUAUUGUUAUUGAGGAAGAUGUCAAACAUCCCAGGCAAGCACAGCAGAAUCUGGUCCAACGACGAUGCUGUAAACAUGAUGAGAAAUGGAGAGGGAACUAACAAGUAGAAAUGCUUAUAGUCGAUACCAGCUGUGAUGAAGAUCGUCUUUAAGUUGACAGAGAAUGAAUUAAAAAGACUAUCAAGGUUAAGGUAUCUUGACAUGGCAUCUUAGAGAUAGAUUAGGAAUAAUCUUAUAUUUCCUUGUCUUUCUAGUAUAGUUUUUAGUAUUUCCGUGUCCUUCUAGUAUUACAAUUGUUGUGGUUCUCUUACUCAUUGUCCACGUCUCGUGGUUUCAUAAUAAUACAAGUUACUAUUCAUAA